UUAAUUAAUCACAUUUCUUUUAGAGCGGCAUCAUGGCGUCAUUAACCAGCUAAACAGAUUUACAGUAUUUGAAGAAAGGGAGGGUUAUCUGACGGUUAAUCUAUAACAAUUAAGCGUCAUAAGUUUGAUUAUCAUUAUUUUAACUCAAGUAAUGAAAAAUACACAUAUUUUCUACAAAAAAUAAGUUAUGGAUAUAUGCAACGGGAGGAGGCGAAAAAUAAGAACCCCAAGAAGUCUGAGGGCUUACAAAAGGCUGGUUGAAGCACAGAACGCUACCGCCAACAUGACGAAGCGGGAGGUGAAACGAGAGGUGUGCAAAGUCCUGAGGUCGCUAGCGGUAGAGAACAACAACGUGGACAUCGAUGUCCCCAUGGAGGAGCACUGUUUCUCUAUGAACUUUAGUAAGAACGAGAACCUCGAGGAGCAUGCCAUGAUUAUGGCACCACGUUACAGUCUGUUGCGAGAGGUCGGAAGGGGCAGCUAUGGGGUAGUGUUCGAGGCAAUUGCACGGAGGACAGGGGCAAGGGUAGCGGUUAAAAAACUCCAGUGUAACGCUCCUGAAAAUGUGGAACUCGCUCUGUCAGAAUUCUGGGCUUUGGCAAGCCUGGAGAAGAAGCACGAGAAUGUGGUGCAGCUCGAGGAAUGUGUGCUACAAAGGAAUGGAAUGGCCCAGAAAAUGAGUCAUGGAAAUAAAAGGUCAAAACAAUACCUGCGGUUGGUGGAGACUUCACUAAAAGGUGAGCGAAUUCUGGGCUACCCGGAGGAGCCGUGCUACCUAUGGUUCAUCAUGGAGUUCUGCGAAGGCGGGGACCUGAACCAGUACAUCCUUUCGCGACGGCCCGAUCCGCGCACCAACAAGAGCUUCAUGCGCCAGCUGACCAGUGCCGUGGCUUUCCUGCACCAGAACAACAUUGUGCACCGUGACCUAAAGCCCGACAACAUCCUCAUCUCCCAGAAGUCAGGGUUGCCUGUCCUCAAAGUGGCUGACUUCGGCCUCAGCAAGGUCUGCGCAGGCUUGGGCAAAGAUGGCAAUGAGCACCCCAAAGCUGGAGGCGACAGAAACAACGUGAACAAGUUCUGGUUGUCGUCAACAUGUGGCUCAGACUUUUUCAUGGCGCCCGAGGUGUGGGAGGGCCACUACACGGCCAAGGCUGACAUCUUUGCCCUGGGAAUCAUCAUCUGGGCCAUGCUGGAGCGGAUCACCUUCAUCGACGCCGAGUCCAAGCGCGAGCUGUUGGGCACCUACGUGCGUCGGGGCACUGAGAUUGUGCCAGUUGGUGAGGCGCUCCUGGGGAACCCCAAGAUGGUGCUCCACAUCCCGCAGAAGACACGCAGCACCAUGUCUGAGGGGGUGAAGAAGCUUCUGCAGGACAUGCUUGCGGUCAACCCCCUGGACCGGCCCGACGCCUUCCAACUGGAGGUGCUGGUGAACCUAGUCACGUGUGCUGCGUGACACCGCUCCCCUCCCAUUCCCCUUUCCAAACCAUGGCCAGUCUGCUUUUUUACCAGAUGUUUACUAACUCAAUGUGGGAUCCCAAGUCUGUACAGAGGUGGAAAAAGGGACUCUGAUCAUCUCUGAACUUUAAAACCUCUGUGAUUGAGGUCAGCACUUCAAAAAUCAGGACACCAUCUUAGGAAAAGCUAUGCAAUCAAAUCGUAUGGAAAGUCAGGUUCUCUCCCCGCAUCUUCUAUUUUAAAUUUGGAACGUUGUCACCAAAAGCCGAACGACAUUCACCAAUGUGUGAUGGUCAGCUAUGCCAGAACACACCUUGCACACCUGGUUUGAAAGGCCUGAAGGAGUAAUCAUGAUUAAGUUAUGUUUAUAUUUGAUGUGCUGGUCUUCAAAAUACAUUUUUCUCAAUGUUUUUGUUUUUUUCUUUGGUCCAGUUAUGGACUGGUUCUUCCUUCUCCAAUGUUGACAUGUGUUGUUGGAUGGGGCCACAGGCUAGUAUGAAUGGAUAAUCUGUCAUGUAUGGACUGAGAGGCUAACAUGUUGCACUGUGGACCCUCUAUGCCAGAGGUUUAAAAAGUAUUCCUAAAAUGACCGAUGAUAAUGAUGUAGAAGAAGGGACUCAAUUUGUAUCAUAGAAUUUGUUCUAGGAUGGACAUGAACGUUCUUAUGAUGGGAUAAAUGUCAGACAUUUUGGUCAGGGAGUUGGUCAACCAUGUUUUGACAGUACUAUGAUAAAAUAUUAUGAAAAUAGAAUUUAACUGCACUGCUGACAAACACAGUGCAGAUACAAUAACGUAUCUGCACUGUGUCUGUUUACUAGCUAGCCAGCCAGAUUUAGACCACUUUUUAAGCAUUUAUGGAAUAAUUUUAACUGCCAAUAAUUACCCUUGCCCCCCCCCCCGAAAAGCUGUUGUGUUGUUCAAUGUACAUGUAACCAGAUCUGAAAUUCCGACCUACGGUUGGUAAUGCUCCCACGUAGGGAAAUAGAGCCCUGAGGCUUCAGGCUAUUCGGCGUGGGGACCCAGUUUCCAGGUAGGCUACACGUAUCUGUGUGUGGGAAAACAUUUCAUCACAGGUAAGACAUGUAACUUGUUCAGUGUAGUCUGUUUGUAACACCACUCACUACUUGUAGCUGUAUAGUCCCUUUGUUUGUGUUGUUGGUCUUGGCUAGCUUAAUGUUCUGGUUGAUAGCACUCACUCUAUUUAUGUAACCUUUAUCUCUUCAGGGUGUCAUACUGAGACAAAGGGCUCUUUACAGAUGAGCCCUGAAUUACAUCAGUUACAGAAAAUACACAUCAAAAUGCGAGCAGAAAGACAUUAAAAAACAAACUCAAUCAUCAGUGAUGAAGUCUUCAUGCAAGAUAAUUGUUAUGUAAUGACAUAAGGUCAUGUGGCUGCUAGCAUUGUCAUGAAAAGGGGCUUGAGGGAAGCCCUACAAUAUUAAGUAGUGAGAACACUCAGGAUCAGGCAAUGUUGAAAAGUCAUCUUUAGACGUGUACUUUGCUUCAAUUUAAUUUUGUAAUUGACUAAAACAAGCAGACAAAUAAAAUUGUGUUUGAAAAAGGCCCAAGUAUUUGCUGUGAGACAAUGGGGUAACCUAGGUAACCACAGGUUUUCCCCUCAGGCGAGCUGGGUUGUGAUGUUCUAUUCUAAUAACAAACGGGUCUAUUUAAGCAAUAAGGCACCUCAGGGGUUUGUGGUAUAUGGCCAAUAUACCACGGCUAAGGGCUGCUCUUAGUCGUAACGUGGAGUGCCUGAACACAGCCCUUAGCCGUGGUAUACUGGCCAUAUACCACAAACCCCUGAGGGUUUGCUAUUAUAAACUGUUUAUCAACGUAAUUAAAGCAGUAAAAAUAAAAGUUUUGUGCCUGUGGUUUACGGUCUGAUAUACCACGGCUGUCAGCCAAUCAGCAUUCAGGGCUCGAACUACCCAGUUUAUAAAUGCCAACAUUCCAUUCAUACAAUGCAGUCAAUCCACAGCCAUACACUGGCUGAAAUUGAUGAUAGGACUCAGACAAGUUGUAAAUGCAACAGGUAUUGACUGAUAUCGUAUCAUAUAAUGGCACUCCCAGCUCUCCAAGAAAACUGGUAUGGUCUUUUUUUUAAAGGCUAUUUAUACAGAAAAUUGCUAUUAAAAAUAAAUGCAGUCUAUUACACAAUUUCUGAUAUGCAGAAAGAUCAAAGGCAUUUAAGUAAAAUCAGGAUUAUUCCUCUACUGCCAUUCAUUCCAAUUAGACUGGUUUGGCCAAUAUGGUUGCUAUUUUCACCCCAUUCUGGAACUUUGAGGGACUAUGAUGUAGCCCCUUGAGUAAUUUAACAGCAUCUCUAUGACUUGUAUACUGUGAAUGGGAAUUAAAUGCAAUACAACUUUAUACAGGCAAUUAAGAACGGUGGGUUAAGCCCUUUUUGUUGGGUAGUUGAGUAAGCAGUUCCCCGUCCUCAAUGUGGACUCACAGACCUAGUAUCAACAAAGCUGCAUCAACACCCAUGUUUUCCUCCCUCUACACCCUUGUGCCUUAUUUUACCUUCAUCAAAUGGAGGGCUAACUCAUUUGAUUCACAAAAAUAUAUUUUUUUAUUUAAAUGUUUUGAUGCAGUAUAUAAUUUGUCCCUGGUAGCAGGCCUAUAUCAGUUGAUAAUAUGUUGUGCAUUUGAAGACAACUGUUUGUCUCUAUAUGAGAUUAUAAAAUGGUUUUAGGGGCAUUGCUUUAACCAAAUUGUCCAAGAGUUUUGGACACUGGUGUGUCAAUGUAAUAUUGGGCUAAAUCUAAAAUUAUUAUAUCAUGUCUCCAAAAAAGGAGGCAUAAUAUAUCAGUCCAGACCUGUGUUGCAUUUGCGUUUUUGAUGGGCAAUUUCUUUAAGUGAGAUAGCUUUAAACCUGGGACUGUUUGUUUCUCUUUAACAUCAACCAACCUCAGGUCAAACUCCUCAAAGGCUUCUCGAUGUGGUUUUUUGUUUAGCUACUUUUAUUGCCGUUUGACAUUUUUAAUACUUUACCUUUAAAGCUUAGCUGCAGAAAAUAUUUGACUUUUUAGAAAUGUUUUUGAGUAACACACACCUCGCUCUUUGAUACCUUUUGUUUUAAUGUUACAGCCUGUACAUUAACCGGGAUUCCUCAUACUCAGCUUCACCGAUGGGACCAGUUUGUUACCUGGAAAACCUCUUGUAACCUAUGAGCUCUUUCACAGUGUAAUCAAUUAUGUGAGCGCUCCAUUAAACGUCAUAGCAACAUCAACUGUCACAUGGCUACCCUACUUUUAUGUCGAGGCACCGCCACAACGAAGCUCUUUCUGCCACCUACUUGUUCAUUCAUGACAUCAUAUCUUGUUGGAGUAGUGAAGAUGUUAGCGUGUAGGUUAAAUUACCAUCUUCAUUCCUCUUAAAAUCUUACACUCCUCUAUGCAACGUUCUCUCACUACACAUUGUGUAAGGAACCACAGCAUUUCUGUUCUGCUUUGUUCUCCUGAACUACUACUUUCAUCACAUGUCAGUGUUCAUACAUUACGUGUCUUUACAAUGUCAUGUAAAAUAUGAAAUUUCUGUUCAAAAAGCUGACUGGAGCCAUUAGGUGUUUUAGCAAAGCAUUGUGUUUUUUUGCUGUAAAUGUUUGACAACUUCUAUUUUUCUUGAAAUAAAUGAUCCAAAAUACAA